AGAAGAAGAAUGGAACCAACAAGUUUAGAAAGCUUACUUCAGACUGCUGCAGUCGAUCAACUCAUAGGUUAUGAAAACCAAACCACAGCUAAUCUUUUACAAGUCUCUUCUCUCCCUGUUCAAUCUAAAGGUUACCCCGCUUAUCUAGAGGAACUGUCACCAUCACAAACAGUCCCAAAUGUUGAUGAUGCUGGUUUUGGCGAUGGAAUUGAUCUUGGUGAAUACUUGGAUAUGAAACCAGACCUUGCUUUGUUAAAGCAAAAAAUCCAACAAUCACAGGAACAACAACAAUACGAUGAGAUGUCACAGGCUCCUAGCCCAUGCGCCUCUUCGCUUGCCUCCCUUUCCAACCCACCAAGCCCAUACAACAACCAACCCUCCCCAGCUUACAAUCCUCCAUCACCAUACAGCAACACCUCUGCUGGAUCUCCUUACAACAGCUCCUCUGGCUCGCCUUACAAUGGUUCUAGUUCACCUGUUUCUCCUUACAAUUCUCCUGCAUCUCCCUACUCCCAACAACAAGCAUCACCUGCAUCCUACACUGAUAACUACAGCAAUAGCCCAACUAAUCAAUGGUGGCUGCAGGAACGUGCUAUGCAAGAACAAGAAUGGUGCUUGUCUGCCAGCAGACAAUGCUAUUCACACAUGACACCACAAAUAAAUGAAUUGAAACAAAACGCUGUCGAUCAGGAACUCUUCUUGCAAGGUCUUCAAAAGUACCAAGCUCAACAACAACAACUGAUUGAGAAAAUGCACUCUCAGUUGCUUGCCAAACAGCAAGCGCAACAGGCCAGUACACCUUUCAAGAUGCAACAACCAAACCCAGUCAACAUGAAAUGGCCGGGAGUUUCUGAGAAUUCAGCAUUCCAACAACCACAAAAGUUUCCCUCUUGCUCGAUGGCUAACAGCUAUCCCAUCCAACCCAUCAAUCCACGACCAAUCAACCGUGCAGGUUUGAGCAUCUUAAAGGAAAAACGACACGAUCCAACCAAAAAAUGCAAAGUCCCACCAAGUGAACGACCAUACGCUUGCCCAGUUGAUAAUUGCCCACGACGAUUCUCUCGAUCCGAUGAAUUGACACGCCACAUGAGAACACACACCGGUCAGAAACCAUUUCAGUGUCGCAUCUGCAUGAGGAACUUCUCCCGAUCUGAUCACUUGACAACUCACAUCAGAACUCACACAGGUGAGAAACCUUUUGCUUGUGAAGUGUGCGGUCGACGAUUCGCUCGCUCUGAUGAACGUCGAAGACAUAUGAAAAUCCAUUUACGCGAACAGCAAAAACGUGAAGAGGAACUAAAGAAGGCUAUGCUUGCACAACAUCCAUCAAGCCCAAACCAACAAGUUCCCGUUGUAGCUGUUCAAGUUUAAAUUUAUUUUCAUUUUGGGGUUUAAAUAUUGAGUUCAACUUUUUUCGUUCAAUUUGGUGAUGAAUCUUGGGCAUCGUAUGUUUUCUUUUUACCAAAAUAUAGCCUGCUGGCAGGCGUUGAGAAGACUUGUUUGUAUAUAAUACUGUGAAUUAUGAGUUAUAAAGCAAAAGACUUUAACUGGGCUGGUCCCAGAAAACAUUUUUUUAUACAAAGAACACUAGUUACACAUAAUAUUAUUAUUGAUAUUUUUACUUUACUUCAAUAUAAUUUCUUUUUAAUUAAAAGUCAUCACACAGUCUGUCAAAAAAGUUGCUCCGAACAAAAAUAAAACUUCAAAGCCUCGUUAGUCUUUUAGUUUAUAUUUUGUUUUUCAUGAUUUUUAUUUUCAUGAGGCGUGUGUUGUUGAUUUUUAUGAUUUAUUUUUUUCCAUUAUUUUUUUUAUAACCAACCAAUAUACAAGAAAAAAUAUAUACAACAUUGUCAUCACCCAUACCACACCACAUCAUGUUUCACAAAA